ACAGGCAUGAUCCCUGUGCUCCUCCUGGUAGUAAACAAACACCGUCUGCCGUCAGCGACACCGCCGUGAUGCACAGGAGUCAUCGAAUAAGACAUUUACUCAGAAAUAGAAAAUUUGGCAUUGAUUUUUAUGUUAACUGUCGAUGUUUGAGAACACAAUGUGUGGCUCUUCUACCCAGGGGAUGUCAGAAUUACGAGAGAAAACUAGUGGAAAAAAAGGGAGAGGAAGAAACUUUACCCGAGACUGAGAGACCGAAAAAAAACGAAGUGAGUCGUAAGGUACAUAAAGACACACGAUCAAUUGACAGCAUUGAUCCUGUCAUUCUGAAAUACACGAAUAUAUUCAAUGAAUUACGUAAUGUUAAGAAUAAUAAUGAAAAAAUUUACUCCACGAAUUUUGGUAGUAUUCGAUUUGACAAAGAAAAUGUGCCUAAGGUUCAUGGACAGUAUGACGAUAUGUAUGGCCCCGCCGUAGAUGUAUUAAUACAGGAAAGGUUAUCCAACGCUGGUAUUAAGUUUAAUCAAACACAAGAUAUCGGUGAUGAAGUUGAAAACUAUUCAGUUCAGAAAAAUGAGUUAUAUUUGCCACAUUCAUCUUUAACAUCAUCACAACAGGCAGCAGAUAUAGAUAAAAAAUCAGAUCAGUCAACAAGCUCUAGUGAACCAGGGGAUGUGGACUGUAGUAAUAACAUUGGUAAUUAUAUUGAUGAUCUUUAUUUUGCAGCAGCAACAGAGAAAUGUUCCCAAACAUCCCUUGAUAGUGAAAGUACAGGAGCUGGCCAUAUUAGAUCAACCACCAGUAAAGCUGGUAACACUGAUUUAAAUUACAUAGAUGACUGUGUAUUUGGUGCUUCUGUUUCGAAAAACAACGGAAGUGAUCACUCUACUGCAAGCAUACAGGCUCAACGUCCUGCAAUUACAAGUGAUGUUAAUGAUAACCCACAUAACCUCAAUUAUAUUGACAAUGUUUUCUUCGGUGGUGCAUUUGACACUCUUUCUGAAAACCGUAAACCUACUGUUGAAUUUAAAAAAAUCAAAGAAGAUUUGGAAAUAUCUCUUUUUGGUGAAAUAAAUACCAAAGAGAAAGGUGAUGAUGUGGUGGUCAAAGAAGAGGAAGAUGAAAAUUUUAAUUUUGUGUCAUCUCCGAGUCUAGAAUCAAGGAUGAAUAUUGCUCCUGUGACUCUUCCACAUUUAACACACAAUUCAAAAGAAAAGGAAGAACUUCAAAAUAAUUUAAUGAAACAGACUAAGAAAGCUAAGCCUAAACCUCAGGAUGUAGAAACAACACCAAAAUCUGCUUUUGAAUAUGUAGUGAAGCAGAGGAAAGAGCAACACUUGAAGGAACAUGGGGUUAAUGUAGAAGAAGGAAGUGGAAAAAAGAAAAGUUACAAGAAAGUUUUAAGUUUGUUGAAUGAUAAGAGAAAAGAUAGUUUUACUAAAUAUGAAGUUUUUAAUUUGUUAAAGAAUAGUAUCAUAUAUGAUAACUAUGACAUUAUUGGUUUAUACAAACCUUACGGAAUGGUUAUGCACCAAGGAACAAGUAGUCAUCACCAUGUACUAUCAGAGUAUCUUCCUGACCUGGCCAUUCACUUAAAGAGUAAUGAGCUGUAUCCCAUACACAGGCUUGAUGCUAAUACCUCAGGAGUGUUACUACUGUCCCGCACCCCAGCAAUGGCAGACACCCUAAAGCGAAUGUUCAAGGAGCGUCAGCUAAAAAAAACGUACUGGGCUAUCACUAAAGGAAUCCCAAAUCCACUUCAAGGUGUUGUUGACAUACCAGUAGCAGAAGGUCUGAUUGAGGAGCGGCGCCGCAUGGUUCUCGCACCAGUUAUAAAAGGAGUCAAGGGGCCCACCACCACCAGCCAUGAGGCUAUAACUUCUUUUAAAGUAUUGGCAAGAUGUAACAGUACAGCACUUGUUGAAUUGUCACCAACAACUGGAGUAAAGCACCAACUCCGUGUUCACCUUGGCUUUGGAAUGGGUUGUCCAGUUCUUGGAGAUCACAAAUACUCACAUCUCCGAAAGAUGGCUCCUCAGCGACUUCCAGGCGAUGCUUUGCACCGCCUGAAGAUAAAUCAGAGCAAAGUAAGAAACUUGCCGCUGUUCCUCCACUGCCGAUCUGUUCUCAUUCCUGAAAUUGUAGAUGGGAGGAAUAUAUUUAUUAAGGCUAAACUUCCAGCAUUUUUCAACAAAACUUUAUCUCUUCUUAAACUGAACAGACAUCAAAGUAUUGUGAAGUAUGAAGACUGAUGGAACCUUUACACCACUGGCAGCACUAUUUCCCUAUACUGUACAGGUACUGAUUUUCUCUCUUGUACUAUAUUGAAAUUACUUAGCUAAUCAGUAUCUUCGAAGAUAAAGAAAUUGGUUGUAGUAUGUGUUACUUGUUGCCUUAGCAAAUUGACAUUCAUAUUUUAUAGAAAUUAUACAUGUACCAUUU